AUGUCUUCUUCCCCAUCCAAGGACAAGGGUCGAGCACUUCGGAAGUCGGUAUCUCAUUCGCGGGGGCUUGGAAUACCCAAGUUCACGCCUAGAAUCCCAAUACAGUACCCAAGAUGUCAACAAAGAUGGUAUAUAUUUGUCGGAGUACUUGCUAUGCUUGCAGUCACAUUGGCAGACAACACUGGACGCCCUUCGCGCCUCUACGAACGCACUAUGGAUCCCUCAGAUUUUUUGAAAAGGGCGAAUCGCAUUCUGGAAACUUCGCCGAUAAUCGAUGGGCACAACGAUUUGCCCUAUCUGAUCCGCAUAGAAACAAAGAACAAGAUAUAUAGUGAGAGAUUUACGUUUGAAUCUGGUCUUCUGAGCCAUACGGAUCUCGAAAAGAUGCGGGAGGGAAAAGUUGGAGGUCAGUUCUGGAGCGUGUAUGCAGAGUGUCCCGAAGAUAGCAAAACGCAGAUUGAUGAUCCAACGUGGACUAUCAGAGACACAUUAGAGCAAAUCGAUAUCGCACAGCGACUAGCAGAAAAAUAUCCCGAUGACCUCCAACUUUGCAGAACCGUAGCUUGUGCUAGGCGAGCUUUCAGGAGCGGAAAGAUUGCCAGCUUUAUGGGCAUGGAGGGAGGACACCAACUUGGGAACUCUCUUGGCGUUCUUCGACAGAUGUACGAUCUAGGGGUCCGUUAUGUCACAAUAACCCAUAACUGUGACAAUGCUUUUGGGACAGCAGCAUCAACUGUUGCCGCUGGUGGCGAGGAUAAAGGGCUGACCCAAUUCGGAAGCGAAUUUGUGCGAGAGAUGAAUCGCCUGGGCAUGCUGAUUGACCUCUCUCACGCAUCUAUUAAGCUGAUGGCCGACGUACUGGCAGAGACCAAAGCACCUGUCAUUUUUUCUCAUUCAUCGGCCUAUGCUCUCUCACAACAUGUCAGAAAUGUACCAGAUGACAUCUUGCGCCGUGUGGCCAAGAACGGUGGUAUUGUCAUGGUGACUUUUGUCCCCAUGUUCCUCGAUGUCAAGAAUCCGUCUUCAGUAGAUAUUCACAAGGCGGCUGAUCACAUUUUCCAUGUGGCGGAACUCUCAGCCUGGGACCACGUUGGGGUGGGCUCUGAUUUUGACGGAAUGGGCGAUGUUCCUAUUGGCCUUGAGAAUGUAUCCAAAUUCCCGCAGCUCGUCAAGGUCCUUCUCGAACGCGGUGCAACAGAAGAGCAGGUUCGAAAGUUUGCAGGGGAAAAUAUCCUCAGAGUCUUGUCUGAGGUAGAGAACUAUUCCAAGGCCUUGGAGUCUGCGGGAGUAAACCCAAAUGAGGAGACAUGGUCAGGUCGGAAAUGGACGAGGGUGGAUCUCCCCUUUCCCCUUAUGUUCAAUGAUAGCAUAGGCAAUCGAAUUCCGGGCAAAACAUAUCCAUAA